GCCCAACUCUCACAGACUUACUUGCAUUACCGGGACGACGCCUCCACGAAAUCACUCGCAUUUUCAAACCUUUCGAACGCGUCCCUUUCGGCGGAACGAUUGAACCAGCGGUCAACGCCGCAUACAGACGGACCUUAGAAGCGGCGGAUAGACACAGGGAGACAAAAUGGGCGGCUACUUAUCGACAUUCACAAAGCUGAUAUGGGCGAAGAAGGAGAUACGCAUAUUGAUUCUGGGGCUGGACAACGCAGGAAAGACGACGUUGCUAUACAGAUUAAAGAUCGGAGAAGUAGUCACAACGAUACCAACAAUAGGCUUCAACGUCGAAUCAGUAACAUACAAGAACCUCAAUUUCAACGUCUGGGACCUCGGAGGCCAAACCUCGAUCCGCCCCUACUGGCGCUGCUAUUACGCCAACACCGCCGCUGUAAUAUUCGUCAUCGACAGCACCGAUAUCGAGCGCCUGACCACCGCAAGCGAAGAACUCCGCGCCAUGCUCAACGAAGAAGAACUCCGCGACGCUGCGCUCCUGGUUUUUGCCAACAAGCAAGAUCAACCGGGCGCGAAAGGCGCAGGCGAGAUCAGCGAGGCGCUCAAACUGGGAGAGCUGAAAGAUCGGAAUUGGAGUAUCGUUGCGUGUAGUGCUGUAGAUGGAAGAGGUGUACAAGAGGGUAUGGAUUGGCUGGUCAGUAACGUCGGGGAUGGGCAGAACUGAGGAUGAGGUGAAAGGAUGCUGAGGUUGUGGGCAGAGGGACAAGGUUCAUAUGCGAUGGGGAUUGGGCGUCAAAGCGGAAGAACAGAAUUCCGGGGUACAUGACGCAGGGAGCCAUGACGCGGCAUAUACGCGUCAGGUGGAAUGAUUAUACCAGCAUAAUGGCGUCUAGGCGCCAGGGAUUGUGAAUAUGGGGAGCAGAUUAGCGUCAGUAAUUGAAUGCGCAUCUUCCAAGUUGACACAUAUGC